UUCUUUAAAAAGUAACUACGAAAUAAAGAUAACAUAAAACAGCAAAAUGGGUAAAAAGAAAAACAAAAAUAAAGUAAGCGGUGCUGUGAAGACCGCUGCAAAAACGGAGAAAAAGUUAGCAAAUAAAUUGAAAAAGGAACUCGCAAACUUGGGAGAGGAAGAUAUAGCUAAAGUUGUAGCACAAAUAGAGCGGGAAGAGGCGAAGCGCGCUGCUGCCAGUGAGAAGAACCUACCCGGGCCUCCGAGUGCCAGAGCGUACGCCUCUCUCACGCCGCACCCCACUCUCAAUGAACUUAUACUGUUUGGUGGUGAAUACCACAAUGGACAAAAGACAGAAGUUUACAAUGAGCUGAUAUUCUACAACCCAGUGAGCAACAGCUGGCGACAGGUAAAAGCACCUGGUGCACCACCACCUCGCAGUGCCCACCAAGCUGUAGCUACUCCUGCUAAUAAAGGUGAGCUAUGGGUGUUUGGAGGGGAGUUCACAAGUCCAUCAGAGACACAAUUCUACCAUUAUAAGGAUCUGUGGUGUUUCUCACUUGCAGAAAAGAAAUGGGAAAAGGUUGUGGCUCCAAAUGGUCCAUCAGCGCGGUCAGGUCACCGCAUGUCGCUAGUUGGUCGGGGACUGCUCGUGUUCGGCGGGUACUGCGAUGACGGCCGGGAGUGCCGGUACCACGACGACCUGUACGCGUUCUCCCUGGAUACCAGGACGUGGGAGAAGAUCACACCUAAUGGUAGAGGUCCUAGCCCGCGAUCAGCUUGUCUCAUGCUGCCUGCUGGCAAUGAUUCGGUGAUAAUAUAUGGAGGAUUCUCUCGCGUGCGCGAUGGGAGAACAGAACGCGCAUGUACGCACACGGAUAUGUUCCGGCUGAGCUGCAGUGCGGGCGGGACGUGGGCGUGGCGCGCGCUGGGGGGCGGAGCUCGGACGGCUCGCGCCGGCCUCGCUGCUGCCGUCAACGUACACGCCAACAGGGCUUACGUGUUCGGUGGCGUAAAUGAUGUAGAAGAGACAGAGGAGGAACUUAAAGGUGAGAUGAGCGACGAUUUGUCCGUACUGGACUUGGAGACAGCGCGGUGGCAUAGCGUCACGCUGCGCUCAGAACAGCCACGCCCAUCUGCCGUGCAUAACACGCCCACGGAGGAGCCGUCUCCGGAAAUUGUCACAGUGAUAACAGACGAGGUGUUCACAAUAAAGCUGGGCGGAGCCCCGGCGGCGGCGGGAGGGGGAGGGGGUGAGGGCGAGGGGGCGGUGCGGGAGCGCGCGGUGGGCGGGGCGGGGGGCGGGCCGAGCGCGCGCAUGUCCGCCACGCUGGCCGCGCACCGCUCCGUGCUGUACGUGUACGGCGGCGUGCUGGAGAAAGACGACAAGCAGUUUUAUCUGGGAGAUAUGUACAGCCUUGAUUUACACAAGCUGAACGAGUGGAAGACGAUAAUCAGUCAGCCGGCAUUGCCGGACUGGCUCGGCUCAGACUCCGAGGAGUACGACUCUGAGGGAUCUGACGAGGAGUCUGACAGUGAUGACUCUGAUGAACAAUAAGCCAGCGAAAGUGUCAAGUGAAUAGUAUUUAAGUGUCAUCAA